CCAAGAUGAUGAACCAGUUCACGGAUGGAAUGAACACGUUUGGGAAGCUGUGGGACCUGGUCAAAGAGAACUGGAUUGCCUUCCUUCCUUUGUUCACCAACAUGCAUGAACCUCUAUCGAAGGCAGCCUUCAAGGCCAUCUUCAGCUACAGUUACAGUAGAAGAGGGACCAACCAUCGUGAGGCAGAGGAGGACACCAUCUACAGCUGGGAGAUGGUUCUUAAUAUGAUUGAAGAUAAAGAGACUGAACUAAGAUUUGAAGACAUUCUGAUUUUCGUCACUGGAGCAGAUAAAGUUCCUGCUCUGGGUUUUCCCAGGAAGCCCUGCAUCGACUUUUACCAACAGGAGGCAGGCCAGCGUCGUUUGCCCUACGCAUCGACCUGCAUGAUGUGCUUGUACCUGCCAAGAGGCGUCACACAGAAAGACGAACUGCAUUGGAUGCUUUUCCAGGCCACAAGAGAGGCUUUGGGAUUUGGAAAGGUCUAGUCCAUGACGGGAAGGUUUAUAGCAACAUGACCAUUAGAUGUGACUAUCUGACUUAAAAGUCAUUUGUAAUAGUUGGCCCAGUAACUGUUACUAAUAACUUGAAUUAAGGUUCUUUUCUGUUUGGGUACAGGGCCUGAAUUUGUGUGAUUAUAAUGAAAAGAUUUGUGUAUUAUGUUCUUGAAAAAUGUUUUGAAGUUCUCUAACACAUACCAGGUACCUGUCCUUUAGAUCUGUUAUUCCAACCAUUGCACGUUGAAGAUGCUCCUGUUCUUCAGAGCUUAUGUUAUUGAGAGGCUGUGUCACGAUCACUGCUCGUUCAAGGUCUUCACUGUUAGCUCGUAACUGGGCGAGCUGUAUGCCAUGUCUUGCCAAGCCAGCUUCCAGAUUUUCUUGGCUGUAAGGGUCAUUUCCAAAGACGUUGCUGACAGCUGUUGACUCCUGCUCCCUGUUUUCAAGCAUGCCCUCCAUCCAAAUUUGUGUUGGUGUACGGUUGUGUUCUAAUUGUAUUUUAUGAUUGUUCCAAGCAUUUGU